CAGGCAGCAUAGACAGACUACUGUACAUUGAUGGAGCCGAUUUCUAUGAGUCCGGCAGAGCCCUGUGAGAAAGCCACGCUGCGGGUCUGAACCGAUGCUGCGAAAUCACAACGCCAGAUGAUGGCAACUCUGGCCACGGCUUGUACAUAACCUUCAUGUCCUACAGAGCAGCUCGGAGGACGGUGAAUGCCAAACUGAAGGAAUGUGCCGUUUCUGUGACAUGGUCUGGUAAAGUAACAGGUCAGUUCAGAUGGUGAAGGCUCUGCCACGAAGUUUACGCGCUGAAUUCGGAAUUACCGGCGACGACGAAGGUUUCAACUUCAAUGAAUGACGCCGUCCCUUCACAGGUUCCGUAUGCGUACAGGCAGUAUUUAUAAAUUGGAAGAGUAGGCUACUGACUAUUAAAACUAUCCUGAAAGGGACAGUUUGACCUGCUCGAGCAUUUGGAAACAUUUCUUACCCGCUUUGGAACUGAAGCGAGUCCAGCGCAUCAGUUAAAGCCCAGAAGACAGCAGCAGCAUUGGAGGGAACAGGAUAGGGAUAACCGGGAGAUUCACUUUAAAUGAAGAGAAACAUGUGAAAAACCUUGUGAAGCUUGACCUGCAAGAUAGCCUUCAGCAACACAAAGGCAAAGGUCUCCUCCACGUAUUCAUUACAUCCAUUCUCUCAACUCCCUUAGCGAUUUCCUUCCAGGCCUGUUAAACAUGGAGGGCCAGCAAGCAUUUCGCAGAACUUUAUCACUUAACCCUAAAGUGGGACCAAUGGCUGCUCUACUAGGCUUCUGGCUCAUAGUAAUACCUGCUUUAUCCAAUGGGCAGACUUUUACUAGUUUCCACCCUGAACGUCGGGACUGGGUAUUCAACCACCUGACAGUUCACCAAACCACAGGCGCUUUGUAUAUUGGAGCAGUCAACCGUGUGUACAAGCUCUCAGGCAACCUGACUCUUCUAGUCUCCCAUGACACAGGCCCAGAGGAUGACAACAAGGCGUGCUACCCUCCUCUGAUUGUCCAGCCUUGUUCUGAGCCCCUUGUCUCAACCAACAAUGUCAACAAGCUUCUCUUAAUUGAUUAUUCCCAAAACCGGUUGCUGGCCUGUGGCAGCCUGUACCAGGGAGUUUGUAAACUCCUCAGAUUGGAUGACCUCUUUAUCUUAGUGGAGCCUUCCCACAAGAAAGAACACUACCUCUCUAGUGUAAACCAGACUGGGACUAUGUAUGGGGUCAUUGUGCCUUCGCAGGGCCAGGAUGGGACCCUGUUUAUUGGCACGGCGGUAGAUGGCAAACAGGACUACUUUCCUACAAUCUCCAGUCGAAAGUUGCCCCGUGACCCAGAAUCCUCUGCUAUGCUUGACUAUGAAUUGCACACAGAUUUUGUGUCCUCCCUCAUAAAGAUACCAUCAGACACACUGGCACUGGUCUCUCACUUUGACAUCUACUAUGUUUACGGCUUUGCAAGCGGCAGCUUUGUUUACUUCCUGACUGUUCAGCCCGAGACACCAGAAAACAGCAUGUCGUCAAGCGGAUCCGGCAGUGACCUGUUCUACACUUCUCGCAUUGUUCGCCUCUGCAAAGAUGACCCCAAGUUCCACUCCUAUGUUUCCCUGCCUAUUGGCUGUGUGAAGAGCGGUGUUGAGUACCGGCUACUGCAGGCUGCCUACCUUGGCAAGCCAGGACGUGUUCUCGCUGCAUCACUCAAUAUCAGUGCCCACGAUGAUGUGCUCUUCACCAUCUUCUCUAAGGGCCAGAAGCAGUUCCAUCGCCCACCAGAUGACUCAGCGCUCUGCGUCUUCACCAUUCGUGACAUCAAUGCACGAAUUAAGGAGCGCCUGCAGUCCUGCUACCAGGGAGAAGGAAACCUGGAACUUAAUUGGCUGCUUGGGAAGGAUGUGCAGUGCACCAAAGCGCCCGUGCCCAUUGAUGACUCCUUCUGUGGUCUGGACAUCAACCAGCCACUUGGCGGCUCUCAACUAGUGACUGGCCACACUCUCUACACUGAGACUCGGGACCGUAUGACUUCUGUGACCUCUUAUGUCUACAAUGGCUACUGUGUAGCUUUUGUGGGUACCAAGAGUGGACGCCUGAAGAAGAUUCGUGUUGAUGGGCCUCCUCACGGUGGUGUUCAGUAUGAAACGAUCUCGGUUAUCAAGGACGGGAGCCCUGUCCUCAGGGAUAUGGCCUUCUCUCUUGACCGCAACUACCUCUACGUCAUGUCUGAGAGACAGGUUACCCAAGUUCCCAUCGAGUCAUGUGAGCAAUACGGGACAUGUGGAGAGUGCCUGAGCUCUGGGGAUCCACACUGUGGUUGGUGUGUUCUUCACAAUAUAUGCUCUCAAAGGAAUCGAUGUGAACGUGCGGAUGAGCCGUACCGUUUUGCUGCUUCGCUCAAUCAGUGUGUGAAGGCAACCGUGUAUCCAGACAGCAUUGCAGUCUCAGAACCUAGCGUACAUCUGCUAGUGAAGGUGAGCGACGUUCCAGACCUUUCUGCCGGCAUCACCUGCUCGUUUGGCAACUUGACAGAAGUAGAGGGCCAGGUCAAUGGCAACCAGAUACUCUGCAAAUCUCCUGCUGCUAAAGAUGUCCCCCUCAUCCCCACUGACCAAGAUUGGUCUGGCGUUGAACUGAGGUUGAAUUCUAAGGAGACCGGUCAGAUGCUUAUCAGCACAGAGGUCAAAUUUUACAACUGCAGUGUCCACCAACUGUGUCUGUCAUGUGUGAACAGUGCCUUCCGGUGCCACUGGUGCAAAUACCGCAACUUGUGCACCCAUGACCCCUCCAGCUGUUCCUUCCAGGAGGGACGGGUCAACGCUUCUGAGGACUGUCCCCAGCUAGUGCGCUCUGAGGAAAUUCUGAUCCCAGCAGGCGAGGUGAAGCCUAUAACCCUGAAGGCCAAGAAUCUGCCACAGCCCCAGUCUGGCCAGCGGGGCUAUGAGUGCGUCCUGCACAUCCAGGGGGUCAGCCACCGAGUCACUGCCCUCCGCUUCAACAGCUCCAGUGUACAGUGCCAGAACAGUUCGUAUCUGUAUGAAGGAAUGAAAAUCAGUGAGCUUCCUGUGGAUUUCUCAGUGGUGUGGAACGGCAACUUUAUUAUUGACAACCCAGAAAAUAUUAAAGUGCACUUGUACAAGUGUGCAGCCCAGCGGGACAGCUGCGGCAUGUGUCUAAAGGCAGAGAGGAAAUUCCAGUGUGGCUGGUGCAGUGGUGAGGGAAGGUGUACACUGAGGCACCACUGCCCCCCCAUCAACCCUUACACAACCCGCUGGCUGAACCUGUCCAGCAAGAAUGUGAAGUGUACCAACCCACGCAUCACUGAGGUAACACCAGUGGCUGGACCCCCAGAGGGAGGCACCCGGGUGACCAUCCAUGGCACAAACCUUGGUCUGGCUUUCUCAGAUAUGGUCGGCAAUGUAGAGGUGGCAGGAGUGAGGUGUACCCCUGUAGAGGAUGGCUACAUCAUUGCUGAACAGAUCGUAUGUGAGAUGGAUAUGGCCCAUGCGGACAGUAUGCCGGGUCCAGUACAGCUCUGUGUCGGAGAGUGCAAACCAGAACUCCGGGCUCGUUCCUCACAACUCUACUCCUUUGUGACUCCAACUGUCACAGGCCUGUCUCCUAGAAGAGGUCCAGAGUCUGGGGGCACUAAAGUAACUAUAAUGGGAGAAAACCUCGGUGCCGGCAGCAGUGUCAACGUUAAGUUUGGAAACCAGACAUGCGAGUUCUUUGGAAGGACAAAGACAGAGAUAGUGUGCUACUCUGCCCCUUCUCUGUCUGGAGUCGGCCCAGUUCAGAUCAGCGUCAGCGUGGAUCGUGCCCAAAUCAGAGAGAGCCUUACCUUUGAGUACACAGAGGACCCUACUGUACAGCGCAUUGAACCAGACUGGAGCAUUGCAAGCGGUCACACACCCCUGAUGGUGACGGGAACUAAUCUGGAUGUGGUUCAAGAGCCCCGGAUCAGAGUGAAAUAUGCCGGCCGAGAGUCUGUCAAUGUGUGUAAAGUAUUGAACACCACCAGCAUGAGCUGCUUUGCUCCUUCUUUGAUGGCAGAGUACCAUCCAGGUUUGGACACCGUGAAGCAUGCGGACGAGUUUGGAUUCAUCUUCAACAACGUCCAAGCGCUGCUGGUCUACAACAACACUAACCUACUCUACUACCCCAACCCCUACUUUGAACCGCUCAGCACCACAGGCAUCCUUGAGCAAAAACCAGGCUCACCCAUCAUUCUCAAGGGCAGAAACCUGGUUCCUCCAGCAUCAGGAGGGGUGAAGCUUAACUACACAGUACUAAUAGGAGAGACUCCCUGUUCUGUCACUGUGUCUGAGAGCCAGCUGCUGUGCGAGCCUCCCAACCUCACUGGGCAAUACAAAGUCAUGGUUCAAGUAGGUGGCCUUCACGUAUCUCCAGGUGCCGUGCACAUCAUGUCUGACAGCCUGCUGACCCUUCCGGCCAUUGUUAGCAUCGCUGCAGGUGGCGGUCUUCUCCUUAUCAUCGUCAUCCUCGUCCUGAUCGCCUACAAGCGAAAAUCGCGUGAAAAUGAUCUGACCCUUAAGCGCUUGCAGAUGCAAAUGGACAACCUGGAGUCACGAGUUGCCCUAGAGUGCAAAGAAGCCUUUGCCGAGUUACAGACAGACAUCAAUGAGCUCACCAGCGACCUCGACAGAGCUGGUAUCCCCUAUCUGGAUUACAGAACCUAUGCCAUGAGGGUCCUCUUCCCCGGCAUAGAGGAUCAUCCUGUCCUCAGAGAACUGGAGGUGUCAGGUAAUGGCCAGCAGAACGUGGAGAAGGCCCUGAAGCUGUUUGGCCAGCUCAUCAACAACAAAGUGUUCCUGCUCACCUUCAUCCGAACACUGGAAAUGCAGCGCUCUUUCUCCAUGAGGGACCGCGGCAAUGUGGCCUCACUUAUCAUGACUGCCCUUCAAGGACGACUGGAGUAUGCCACCGAUGUCCUUAAACACCUGCUGUCAGACCUGAUUGACCGCAACCUGGAGAGCAAGAACCAUCCCAAACUGCUGCUGCGCAGGACAGAAUCGGUUGCAGAGAAGAUGCUGACAAACUGGUUCGCUUUCCUCCUUCACAAGUUUCUCAAGGAGUGUGCUGGGGAGCCUCUGUUCAUGCUGUAUUGCGCCAUCAAGCAGCAGAUGGAAAAGGGGCCCAUCGACGCUAUCACUGGAGAGGCCCGUUACUCCCUAAGUGAAGACAAGCUCAUCCGCCAACAGAUCGAGUACAAAACCCUGAUCCUAAACUGUGUGAACCCAGACAAUGAAAACAGUCCAGAGAUUCCAGUAAAGGUGCUGAACUGUGACACCAUCACCCAAGUGAAGGAGAAGAUACUGGAUGCUGUUUACAAGAACAUGCCCUAUUCUCAGCGGCCACGUGCUGUCGACAUGGACCUCGAAUGGCGCCAGGGACGAAUGGCUCGUGUGGUGUUGCAAGAUGAAGACAUCACAACUAAGAUUGAAAAUGACUGGAAGAGACUCAACACUCUCAUGCACUACCAGGUGUCGGACCGCUGUGUGGUGGCUUUAGUGCCAAAGCAGACCUCAUCAUACAACAUCCCUUCCUCAGCCAGCAUAUCGCGCACCUCCAUCAGCAGAUACGACUCUUCAUUCCGCUACACCGGGAGUCCAGACAGCCUCCGAUCACGUGCUCCCAUGAUUACCCCCGAUCUAGAAAGUGGUGUAAAGGUUUGGCAUCUGGUGAAAAACCACGAGCAUGGAGAUCAGAAGGAAGGAGAUCGUGGCAGCAAGAUGGUCUCUGAGAUUUAUCUGACCCGACUGCUAGCUACCAAGGGUACACUACAAAAAUUUGUUGAUGACUUGUUUGAGACGUUGUUCAGUACAGUCCACCGAGGGAGCACCCUUCCCCUGGCCAUCAAAUACAUGUUUGACUUCCUGGAUGAGCAGGCAGACAAACACGGCAUUCACGACACAGACGUACGUCACACAUGGAAAAGCAAUUGCCUUCCUUUGCGUUUCUGGGUAAAUGUGAUCAAGAACCCGCAGUUUGUCUUUGACAUCCAUAAGAGCAGCAUCACGGACGCCUGUCUGUCUGUAGUAGCGCAAACCUUCAUGGAUUCUUGCUCCACCUCAGAGCACCGCCUGGGCAAAGACUCUCCAUCAAAUAAGCUGCUCUAUGCUAAAGAUAUCCCCAAUUACAAGAGCUGGGUAGAGAGGUACUAUGCCGACAUCAACCGGCUGCCAGCCAUUAGUGACCAGGACAUGAAUGCCUAUUUGGCAGAACAAGCCAGACUCCACUCCACAGAGUUCAACAUGCUCAGCGCUCUCAACGAAAUCUAUUAUUACGUCAGCAAAUACAGUGAAGAGAUCACAGCAGCCCUGGAUCAGGAUGAACAGGCAAGGAAGCAGAGGUUGGCCUACAAAGUGGAGCAGCUCAUCUCUGCCAUGUCCUUUGAAAGCUGAGAGUGACUACUACUGAGAGAAAGUGAGAGAGAGAGAGGACCACAGUCUUUACGUGACCUACCAAAAAAGGUCUUGCAUUACUUACCUCUCAUGAUGGGAGCUGAAACCAUGAACCAGACCUGGGACCUCUGUAUCUACAGCUGGACAAACAUACAACUGCUUGAGUUUGUAAUUCUCCCACCUCCUUCCAUGACGGUGCCAACGCAGGGCCCGAAGACUGAAACGGAGGCCUCCCUGCAACUGGAGCUUUUGGCAUGAGAGACUAUACCAGAGAAGGGAACCACAUGGCUUGUAUUUAUUUUUUUCCUUUAAUUUUCCACAAAGGACAUCUUCUCUGUUUGACAGGGAAUUGUAUGUUCCGUGAGUGUGUGUGUGCAUAAAAGUGUGGGUGUGCAUGAGUGUGUGUUUGUGUCAUACUGAGGAAGACUCCUACAAGAAAUGGAGAAACAGAUUUAUUCUCUAGCAACUCGCAGCUAAGUGUGAGGCGGAGAGAAAAAAGGCGAGAAGUAGAAGAGCAGAUCUCAUGUUGGACAGCUGAGAUUGCAUUCAGAGUUCUCAGAUUUUAUUUUUGUACUUUGUACAUUUGAAUAUUAUCAGUUGCGGUUCCAAAAUAUCCACCUCGGAUCCCAAAAGUGUUGCUAUGUAAAGAUGCAAAGCGCGUAACACCACUUUAGAUUAGCGUGAUAAUAAAAUGGGCCAUGACUCGUGUCUUCUCUCACUCCUCUCUUUGGACUGAAGCUUCACGCAACAUGGACAAAGCCUCUGGUCUUUAUUUAAUCAGAUAUGUAUAGGAAAUCAUAAAACAUGUGGCCAUCACAUAAAAGUUAACAGAACUCUACAUGUGGUGGUCAUUACAAGUUAAGCCAGCAUGCUUGCACCUAAACUGAAGAUGAUGAAAUCUGUAGUGUAAUUAGGAGGUGACCUCAGAUAAGGAUCACUCUGGUAUCAAAGGCUCUUUACAGCAGUUAGCUCAUCUGUGUAUGUACCAGUUGAUACUUGCCAAUCAUUGUAUGUGAAUGUACAAAUUUUGGUUUUUUCAUUUUGUAUCUUUGUCUGUCUGUUUUAAGUUUUACUACAAAAAUUGGCUCAUUUGAAUUGAGCUUCAUAGAUAUUUCCUGUAGCUUGUUGUGUGAAGAACUCAAUUUUGUUCAUCCUGGCCCUGUUCCAUCCAACUGCUUCUUUUGGCCUAAAUUGCUUUCCUUCUAAAGAAGAGUGUGCAUCGUUAUAGUGUCUGUUAAUGCUGUAAAGCCUGUGGCGUAGGCUGCAGUAUCCAGAGGUACAGUGGCAGUUUGAAAAGAGCAGGUAAAAGCAGCUGGUUUCUGUGCUCACAUUUUAUGUCCACUUUUUUUAUCUUUUCAGGACCUCGAUCAACCUUUUGUGUAAUUUGCAUGCAUGGUGUCACACAUCAAAGUGUUUGAGGGUCCGUCUUUUAUUUUUCUCAAGUGCCAGUGAGUCACACUCUAGUUGGCCAGUUGAAAUGUUAGCUGAUGGAAGAUCUUACCUAACCACCACAUGUCUUCGCACAGAUAAUAAGAAGUCUGCGUGGGCCUAGUUUGACAAAGUGCCAAAAGAUCCCGGUAUUUCAAGUAGUUCACAAAUGUAUCACAAUCGGUUUAUGCUUUACAGAGGAAGCAACACUCGCAUAUUUGAGUGUAUAUUCAGUUAAAACAGAAGACUUAAAAACUGGAAUGGUGAGUUUUCAAACUCACUAAAGGUACGAAACAUAA